AUGCGAACCUCUGGCUGGCAACUCUGCCUCAUUGCAGCCUCUGCCUUCUCUGCCAUCGCAGUAGCGGACUUUCGCGUCACUUCGCACCGUACGAAAGAAGCUGUCGAGAGUGCCAAAUUCGCCAACUAUGUCAAGUCGUUCACUCUGACCUCUUCGGAGCCCACUCAGAUCGAAUCGCUUGAUCUGUCCCUCACCGGAACUGUCUACGUGAGCUACUCGAACGACGUCCCUGCUGACGUGGUUGGCUAUGUCAACGUCUCUGGCAGCUCGAAGGCUGUCGUGAAUGCCAUCACGGUCUACAACCAAGUCGAUGGCGUGCUCCCGGAUGUGAACAAUCUGGAUGAUGUGUUUGGGGACACCAAGAAACAGCUGAGCGUGUCGAUGGACCAUGACAUUGACGAAGGCUUCUUGCUGACCGAGAUCUUCCUGUCAGCACACAGCACGGUGAGCAAGGUGUCGAGUCGCCGGACGUCGAACGUAGUCAUCGAAGAAGACGUGCUCAUAUCUGAUAGUACCUCUCACGCGCUAACGAUCAGCGUGACGGGCUUGAGCGCGGUGUAUGUUUCGUCUCCUGAAACUGAGGUGAAAGUGCGUGAGCUAGAGUUGGAGGCGACCGGCGGCGGAAAGAUCCAGUUUGACGCCAAAAAUAUUUACCUCUGGCAGAAACUGGAGCUUGAGGCUUCUGGCGACACAAGCAUCAAGGUGCUGUGCCCCGCCGUUGUCGCUGGUCAACUUGACAUUGAUGCUGAGUCCAGCGACUCCGAGAUUUGCAUGUCCUCGAAACAGGUGCGGACCACGUUACCGUCAAUCUCGGGCGAGGAGUACAUUUCGAUGCCGAACUCGAAGCGUAAGUAUGGGACCUAUGGAUCAUCCGCCUGCAAGAAAUCCAGUCUGCCCCCACGUGAGCCUGCACAGUUCAUUCCGGUUUCUGGUCGCCAGAAAAUGAUUGUCGAUGACACUGAGUCAAGCUCCGAUGUUGACGCCAAAGAUGACGAUGUCACCGGUGCCUACGACAGGGCCAAGUCUGCAAUCCACGACGCCAAGGACGAUGUCAUCAACGGAACCGCUAAUGCGAUGGACAACGCCAAGACAAGCAUCUUGGGUGGAGCUAAGGAUGCCAUCGACGGCGUGACGGACAACAUUCUUGGCGGUGGCUCCUCAAAAUAG